AAGAAAGUGCUAGUAUUGACUUUGGAAUGGAGUACCAAAAAUCCCAUCUCCCUGUGAGCAAGGCAUCAUCAGAUAGAUGAGAAAUCAAGGUCUGUCUUUUUCCACCCUCAUCCCUCCCUUUCCUCUGUUGAUUCCAAACUAGCCCCAAUCGGGCCCUCUCUCUCUCUCUCUCUCUCUCUCUCUCUCUCUCUCCUGUGCCGGAAUUUUGAAUUCUGUGCUUCCAACUCCUUUUGUAUCUCUUGGCCGGAUUCAACUUCUCCAACCUUCACCGACCAACUGCACUACAAGACUCUCGAUAAAAAGGUCAUUUUACCAUCUCAAAAGUGUUAGCUUUCUGUCAAAUGGCUUCAUCUUUGGUUAAGGCAAAUAAAAACAUGAAGAGGACAGAGUCAAAGAAGUCACAUUCCUGGUUGUGGGAUAGCCACAUCAGUCCCAAGAACUCGAAGUGGCUUGCGGAAAAUCUAGAGGAUAUGGACCAGAGCAUCAAACGAAUGCUGAAACUGAUUGAAGAGGAUGGAGAGUCAUUUGCUAAAAAGGCUGAGAUGUAUUAUCGGAAGAGACCAGAAUUGGUUUCUCAAGUCGAGGAAUUCUACCGCAUGUACCGCUCACUGGCUGAGCGUUACGAUCACCUUACUGGAGAAUUGCGGAGGAGCAUUCCCUCGGAUCUCCAAUCCCAGGGCUCAGGUAUCUCAGACAGUGGUUCAGAGCCACCCUCCUCGGGGCCUUCUCCUGAGCAAAGGAUCAGCAGGCGUAAAUCUGGCCCUAGAGCUGCUGGUUUUGAGUUUUUCCUUGGUUCUGGUGGGAGUAGCUCUGAUGUGUACAACAAAGAAGGUGAUGACUCAUCCACAUUGGAUUCGGAGGCGGAAUCAGAUGAUUCCUCAGUGACCAGUUAUUCAGCUGCAUCGGGAAAUGGUGAGGAGCGAAGGCUGCGUAGGAAGAUUAUAGAAUUGGAGGUUGAGCUUCGUGAUGUGAAAGAGAAGCUCCGGAUGCAACAGGAAGAGAGUACAGAUAGCUCUAAAAGGGGAACAAGAAAUGGGAAUUCACAUUAUCUAUUCAAUGGAAGUGAGGGAUUGGAGGAGGGAAAGAGAGAUGCAAGAGAAAAGAUUCUGCUUUACGAAGAAGAGAUUGCUAGGCUGAGGUUUGAGCUACAGGAAAACAGAUUCCAUGAAGAAGAAGAUAAAAAUUUGGAAGCUGAAGUUGAAUUAAGGCAGAAAGAUGUCAAGACUUUUGGAGCCGAUUUGGAGAUGGAGAAAAAACAGUCGACAGAAGUUGUAGACAUAAUUGAUGGGUUGAAGGAAGAAGUUUUAGACCAGAAACUUGGGGAAGAGCUGAAAAUCACAAAAGAAAAGCUUCAAGGUUCAGAUAGAGAAGUAGCAAAUUUGAGACAUGAACUUGAGAAUAGCAGAUCCUCUAUUCGACGCUUGGAAGAUAAACUUGGAUUGGCUCAGAAAGAUUUUUCUACGUGGAAAGCCAAGCUUAAUAAGGACCACAAAGAAGUUUCAAAACUGCAGGAUAGAAUUGCGCGGUACAAAGCCAAUUUAUCAGAACGUGAUCAAGAGAUUAGGGGGUUGAGGGAAACGAUUUCCAACGCCAACAAAAGCUUGUCUGAAGAAAACGUGCGGCUUCAGGCUGAACUGACUAAAUUGUCAAAGGAACAAACUUAUUUGGAGGAUAAUCUCAAAGAAUGGGAAUUACGUUGUCAAACUCUAGAGGAGGAGGUUAAAAGAGUCAAGGCUGGAAAAGCAGAUAUGGAAUGUUUGCUGCAAGCUGAAAUUGAGCAAUUGAAAGUUGCAUUUGAGUUGGAGAAAGAAGAAAUUAAUGUUAAAAUCACCACACUAGUUGCAGAGGUACGCGAUAGAGAUGAUCAAAUUGAACAUCUGGACCGGCAUUUGAAGCAUUUGCACAUGGAGCAUGUUGAGUUGAUUGCUGGAGCUGAAGGCGCACGUAGACUUGUGGAAAAACUGAGAUCAAGAGUUGGGGAACUGGAGGAGGAGGUGGAGAAGCAGAGGGAGGAGAUAUUGGAAGGAGCAGAGGAGAAACGGGAGGCGAUACGGCAACUGUGUUUCUCUCUAGAGCAUUAUAGAACCGGGUAUCAUUGGCUUAGGCAGGCUUUUGUUGGGCACAAGCGACUUCCUGUGAUGGCUUCCUAGUUUUAGAUGUGAGGUUGGGUAUAUUCAUCUUUCCGGGAGUUUGUCGCCUUUCCUUUUUUCGAUUCAUUUUCCAAGUUUCCUUUCUCGAGAAAUUUGUGUGCUUUGCCUUUGUUAGGAAUGGCCCAGUGGCCUCAUGGUUCUUCGGUUUCUUUAAGUGCAGAAGCAUUAUUUAUCUUACAUUACAUGCCAUACACCAUCUAAACUGCCAUUAAGGGCAGUAGCAGUAUUGGGCUGCUUCGCUUAUGUAAUAAUGCGCGUUUGUAAUUUAUGAUUUUGGUGUUUGGGUGACUC